ACACUGCUAGACCUGUUUUCUCUUGUGUAGUCAGUGUCAGUGUAGUGUAGUGUAGAGGCUACAGUGUCAGAUUUUUAACUUGCGCACAGCCGAUUAAUUAUGCUGUGUUCCAGUUUUGUAUGAAAAUAAAUGCAAAAAUGAGCCUAAUGGAUGCCUUUAAGACCAGACUGCCUCAUCUGGAAUGUCAUUUUACUUGGGCUCUGAGAGAAGAGGAAUUUAAUCUCUAUGACUUGGGGAACCGCCUAGAAGAGCAGAUUAAAUUGGAAUCUGGGGAAGCAAGAGUGACUCGUGCUUACAGCUCACUGGCAUUUGUUUGUUAUCUACAUGGUAAUCUGCAUGCAGCACUAACACAUCUUCACAAAUCAGAGGAACUUGCAAAAGAAUACUAUGCAGAGGACAGUGAAAAAUUUCUCACAGUUACGUAUGGGAAUUUUGCCUGGUUGUACUACCACAUGGGAAAUUUCACUUUGGCUGAAAAUUAUUUGAGCCAAGUGGAGAGGAUCAAUAUGAAAUUCUCUAACAAAUCAAGUAAUGAAGUCCAUAGGGAGGUCCUCCGGGAAAAAGCCUGGGCCUUCCAUAAGUUUUCAAGAAAAUAUUACAAUGGAGCCAGAGAAUGUUUUAGACAGGCUCUUGAAAUUGCUCCAGAAGACAGUGACCUAAACGCUGGUUAUGCCAUUGUUUUGUAUCAAACAACAAAGGACGCUUCAGGUUCACAGGAUUCACAGACUGUUGUACAACUCAGACGUGCCAUUGACUUGAAUCCAAAAGAUGCUGUACUUCUUUUGUUUUUGACCUUAAAACUAAUCUGCACAAACAAGAGUUCCACUAGCCAUAAGUCUGAAAUCCAUGAUCCCUCAAAGCAAUCUAAAGCAGUCAUUUUGAUGAUGAGGGCACUUGAGAUGUCACCUGAAAACCCACACGUAAUGUGAUACG